AAUUGUUGCUAGGGCGAAAGUGCAUCAUUCAACGCCUCCAGCCUAAACGAGGAGUGCAAUCCGCCCAUCCUAUAACCACCCAAUGAAAUAAUUACAGUGGCCCGUCACUAGGCAGUAUAACGUGUGGCUGGCCAAUUAUCUUUUUCUUGGCCUAGAAGGGUGCAGGGAGCUGAAGCUAACCGAGUGGCAGCGAUCGAGUCCCGGGGAAAUCUGUCACGGAGUCACCGUGAAAAAGAUCAACAGCCACAACAUGCCGAAUAAAACUAAAAAGGAAAAGGAACCAACCAAAUCUGCCAAAAGCAGCACUAAAAACAGUAAUGCCACCAGUGGGAAAGACACAGGAACUGAAAAUGCAGAUGAGAUGACAUCUUACGACUAGUGAGGUUCGGCCGCCCGAAAAGCUGCCCACUUGAACCCAUCCCCUCCUCCCUUCUCCGGACCAUCUCGGGAGACCUUCUCCCAUUCCUCACUUCCCUCAUCAACUCCUCCCUGGCCACUGCCUGCUUCCCCUCUGACUUCAAGAUGGCCUGAGUUGCUUCCCUCUUCAAGAAACCAACACUCGACUCAUCUGACAUCAAAAACGAUAGACCUGUAUCCCUUCUUUCUUUUCUUUCCAAAACACUUGAGCGUGCUGUCUCUUAACUUUAUUAUUGUCUCCCUCAAAACAAACUUCAUGACCCUAACCCAAGACGGGUCACUCAACCGAGACUGCUCUUCUCUGUGUCACGGUGGCUCUCAGCGCUGCCAAAGCUGACUGUCUCUCUUCUGUUCUCAUCCUCCUAGAUCUAUCUGCUGCCUUCAACACCGUGACCCGUCAGAUCUUCCUCUCCACCCUCUCAGGGCUGGGCGUCUCAGGCUCUGCACACUCUUGGAUUGCAUCCUACCUGGCAGGCCGCUCCUACCAGGUGACGUGGAGAGGAUCUGUGUCUGCACCACAUACUCACUACAGGUGAAAAUACCCAUCUCUGCGCGCCUGGCAGAUAUCGCAUCGUGGAUGUCGGCUCACCACCUCAAGCUCAACCUCGACAAGACUGAACUGCUCUUCCUCCUGGGGAAGGCCUGCCCGCUCAAAGGCCUCUCCAGCACGGUUGACUCCACAGUGUCUCCCUCCCCAGAGCGCAAAGAACCUUUGCGUGACCUUGGACAACACCCUGACAUUCUCUGCAAACGUCAAAGCAGUGACCCGCUCCUGCAGGCGGCGCAGCAGCAGACUGCCAGCAAGCGUCCCAGCAAUAGCACCCCUCCACCCACUCAGCUCAACAAGAUCAAGUACUCUAGCGGUCCCCAGAUCGUCAAGAAGGAGCGUCGCCAGAGUUCAUCACGAUUCAACCUCGCCAAGAACCGUGAGCUGCAGAAACUUCCUGCCCUCAAAGAUGCACCUCUUAUCGACCGGGAAGAGCUGUUUGUGCAGAAGCUGCGCCAGUGCUGCGUACUCUUUGACUUUGUCACGGACCCCCUAAGCGACCUGAAGUACAAGGAGGUGAAGCGUGCCGGUCUGAAUGAGAUGGUGGAGUACAUCACGCACAACCGCGAAGUGGUCACCGAGUCCAUCUAUCCUGAGGGUGUCAUCAUGUUUUCAAUCAACCUGUUCAGGACCCUGCCACCAUCCUCCAACCCCACGGGGGCUGAGUUUGACCCAGAAGAGGACGAGCCCACACUGGAGGCUGCUUGGCCACACCUACAGCUGGUGUAUGAAUUCUUCUUACGAUUCCUGGAGUCCCCCGAUUUCCAGCCUAAUGUCGCCAAAAAAUACAUUGACCAAAAGUUUGUACUGUCUCUACUGGAGCUGUUUGACAGUGAAGACCCCAGGGAGCGGGACUUCCUGAAGACCAUCCUCCACAGGAUCUACGGCAAGUUCCUGGGUCUUCGGGCCUACAUCCGCAGACAGAUCAACAACAUAUUCUACAGGUUUAUAUAUGAAACCGAGCAUCACAAUGGAAUCGCCGAGCUCUUAGAAAUCUUAGGAAGCAUAAUCAACGGCUUUGCCCUGCCAUUGAAAGAGGAGCACAAGAUGUUCUUGAUUCGAGUGCUGCUGCCGCUUCACAAAGUGAAGUCACUCAGCGUCUACCACCCACAGCUGGCGUAUUGCGUCGUGCAGUUCUUGGAAAAGGACAGUAGUCUAACCGAACCAGUGAUCAUGGGCUUGCUGAAGUUCUGGCCUAAGACCCACAGCCCCAAAGAGGUGAUGUUCCUCAACGAGCUGGAGGAGAUCCUGGACGUCAUCGAGCCGUCUGAGUUCGUCAAGGUCAUGGAGCCGCUGUUCAGACAGCUGGCCAAGUGUGUUUCCAGUCCACACUUCCAGGUGGCAGAGAGGGCGCUGUACUACUGGAACAACGAGUACAUCAUGAGUCUGAUCAGUGACAACGCCGCCAAGAUCCUCCCCAUCAUGUUCCCUGCUCUCUACAAGAACUCCAAGAGCCACUGGAACAAGACAAUCCAUGGGCUGAUCUACAACGCCCUGAAGCUCUUCAUGGAGAUGAACCAGAAGCUGUUUGAUGACUGCACCCAGCAGUACAAGGCUGAGAAACAGAAAGAGAAGUACAAGCUGAAGGAGCGUGAGGAGGUCUGGCACAAGAUCGAGGAGCUGGCCAAGCAUAACCCUCAGGUUACCAAACUCCGACCUGGUCUCCACCCACAAGAAGAGUACAUGAUGUACAAUGAGAGUCCGGGAGGGGUGCCCUUGUACUCCAUGGAGACGGAGACGCCCACUGCUGAGGACAUUCAGCUGCUGAAGAAGACUGUCGAGACAGAGGCCACACAGGGGAUGAAGGACAUCAAGAAAGACAAGGUGUUGAUGCGGCGGAAGUCGGAGCUGCCGCAGGACGUGUACACUAUAAAAGCCCUGGAGCAACACAAGCGAGCAGAGGAGUACCUGACGGCCAACGAGGAGGCCCUCUGACCAGGGAGCAGUGGCACCCUCCAUGCCUAACUCCCCUCCUGUCCGUCUCUCAUCCAAACAGUCGCCUACUGUACACCUGAUAGCCCCCUCUUCGCCUCUGCUUCUCCUCCCCCUCCAUCUCUGCCGGAGAUCCCCAUCUGCAGAAAACCAGGGCCAUCAGAGUUAGACAAGAACACACACUCCUAUACGCACACAUAGGAACAUACACACAGACGUACAAAUUGUUCCAACUUCCAAAUACUCACAUAUACUUGACUACAGUGGGCUGAUUGUUAGGUUGCACGAGGACAACCAUUAUACAACAGUAGUAUUAAGUGUAAGCAUCCGUGAAGCAUGUUUCUUUGUUUUGUUUCCGUUUCCUUUUGGAUUGGUUUUGGUUGUCCUCAUGUUCCUCCCUCCUACUGUGAUCUUCUGUGCUGAAAGGGAACGACCAAAGCAUUACCUAUAGAGGGCAGUCGAGUGAGUGGCGGUCCCGCUAGCUUGUCUGGAGUGAGGGGGUGUGGGUUAUCUGAUUGGUUUGGUGGAGAAUAGGGCCAUGCUCUAGUCUAGCUGGAUGUCCGGUGGAAGUAGUGAUUCUGCUCUGUUAAAAAAAAAACUUGCUGUAAGUUCAUGUCCAGGCAGCAUAGUACAUUUUGGGGAAGCCAAGUCUGGGACACAAAGCUUACAAGGCUGACAUGACACAAUGACAUGAGAGGACUAGGAAUCAAGAUGGCUGCCUUUAUCUUAAUUUAAUUCAUGUAUGUCAGUCUCUUCCAUGAAAUCAGUUUUUCUGACUCUUUAGUUGUAGCUUCAUGAAGUCACCUCUUUGCAUCCUUAAAUCAUGGCCUUACAGCAUCUGUUGAAUUACAUUCUCCCUGUUUAUUAGUCGUAAGCUAAUAGCAUGAUUGUAAGCCUAGAUAAUUGGUGUAUGCAGGGCAGUCAGUCCGUGUCUCAAUUUACUGUUGAGUGUUAGAAUAGUAGAAUACAAAAGGUGGAAUUGAGAUAUUUGGUUGUGCGUCAGCAGUUUCCCGCUUGUCAGUCACUGACAGUCACUCAAUUAGCCCGUGUCCGCUAACAUUUUUUAAAUGGGUAAGUUAGUCUAGCCAGCUAUCUAAACUUGUAGUUAUCAUGGCCAAAUUACGGACCAGGCAUGAAGGGCACUUGCCCAGGGGCCUUGAUCUCCAGGGGGCCCCCCAUUGAUUUAGGUAGUCACUUAACUCAGAUAUUUAUUUAACUAUCGAUAUCAUAUUAACAUGGAAUAAGUCAUGGCAACGUGUAGAAUUGCAGGAAAUUAGCUGUAAAACUGCACUUAUAAAAUAGUUUUGCCCGCGAGGUGCCCCCCCCCCCCCCCCCCUACCAAUAUCUCGCCUAGUUCCCCCAAAAGGCGUGAGAAAGCAAUCACAAUCAUCUGCUUGCUCUAAGAAGUGGUUUUUGUUUUGGUCGGUUUUUGAGACUUGUUCACAGAACUGAUAAGGCUUUUCAUAUGUUAAUUCCUAGCCGGCCGGUCCACUAUAAAGCACUUGAAGAUACAGAAUAAGUUUUGAACAAAUGUCUAAACUUGUAAUAGAGCUCCUGUUGAAAAAUGUUUAUUGUAUUUUUAUAACUAGAGGUGUAGCUCAAAAACAAAAUCAUGUCGCUGUAUCAAAAAAAAAACUCAGAAACCAAUUCAGUUAAAUCAAAUUAAACUGUAUUUGCCACAUGCGUCGAAUACAACAAGUGUAAACUUUACCGUGAAAUGCUGAAUACAACAAGUGUAAACUUUACCGUGAAAUGCUGAAUACAACAAGUGUAAACUUUACCGUGAAAUGCUGAAUACAACAAGUGUAAACUUUACCGUGAAAUGUUACUUACAAGCUUUUAACAAACAGUGCAGUUCAAGAAGAAGACCAUAUUUACCAAGUAGGCUCAAAUCUAAAUUAACACAAUAAGAAUAAGAUAGGAUGUCAGGGUAAUAUUGUCUCAAGUUGUUGGUCUUUAGGAAAGGCAACCAUAAGCUGCUGCAGUGUCCGUCCAUCCUUUUCUCCGUUUUCUUAAAGAUAACCUUCUCACUCUGCUCUGUCCAGACUCUGACUGUCAUGAUUGUUAUACAUCCAUUCCUUCCUUCAUAAUUAUAUUUGUGUUUAUUAAUGUUUCUGGCCCAAUGGGUAACAUCUCCUCUGCCUCUUUAGUUAUUCCUCUGUAGCCAUCUUCUGGCCUUUCUAUCUUAUGUGUUUGUGGAUUUAUGUUUCUUAAAGAUGAAAAUGCACCUCUGUUGAGGUAGCCUCAUUGCGGAAAGGAAAACGGUUAUUUCGGUUCAAGUGUAGGGAAUCUCUACAAAAUAUCAUAUUCCCCUUUCUCCUCUAAACCGGCUUGAUUCAAUAGGUCUCUUUCCUAACCUAAGCAAUAUUUUUAGUUGAAACAAACUCAUGCACUUGGUGUAUGGAAGUGCGCAAAACAAUCCUCCUCAUAGGACUAUCUACAGAUUAAAAAAUACAGAAUUGCUUUACUAGCACAUAUGGGAAAAAGGAAAGGCUGUGGUUACUGUUGCAAAUGUGUACUGUAUAUUGUAAUGUAUAUUGCUUAGGGGUGCACCCCUACCACCCCUUUGUCCUGUAGGUUAAUCCCACUCACCCCCCUUACUCCUCCUCCCCCCUCCUUUUGUUUCUGCUUUGUUUUCUUCCACUUGCUGCGUGAGGUCAUUUCUUUGUCGUAUGGUCUCGUCUAUUGAGUUGUCUGCCAAUCACACCAAACAGUGGAGAAUUACUCACUCCUAAGGCUGCUGGGCAAAGUGAGUCGUCAUCGCACACAUACUUAGAGGCUGGCUGCCAAAGAGUUCCCUCCCUCAACAUGAUCUUACAGUCAUAACGUUAGAGCAGUCUAAAUCCGAGCUGCUUUUUAUAUCAUCUGAGUUGGAUUCCUAACAUGUUUAUCCUUACACAUAAAAAUACACUUUUUUUGUAAUCACAGUAGCGAUAACCUCUACAUUCUCCCUCGGUGGAACAAAAAUCUCAUCAGCUCAGAUUGGAUUUGCCAAGUCUUGUCUGCACCGAAGACCUAUGCUCUAAAUUGUCUUCUGGUGAGGUUUGAAAAUGUUACCUGUGCAUGAGACAUUUGUAUUUAUAAACAGUGUAUCAAUAAGUCGCAAUAUAGUUUUAAAUAUUCUUAAUAGAAAGUAUGUAUUACUGUUCUCUCACCUGACUGAGCAAGGCACAUGCAUUCCUAUUGGCCAUGCUUCCAGAAAGUAGCUGUUGAGACAUUCCAGACUACAAGAGAUAGGUAGCAUUGUACCAGGGCACUACAAUGCCAUGGCUGGGUGGUGACUGAUGACAUGAAAUGGC